AGAAAGGUAGUUACAAAAAUAAUUUAAAAAAUAAAAUAAAAAUGGUAAAACAGACGAUUCCGAUAUAUGCUCGUUUAAAGCCCACCAAGAAAAAUGCGGCGGUGUACUCUGUCAACAAUGAGCAGCAGAUGAGUGCUUCGCUGGAGUUUGUGGUGCCCAAGGACAUGGCUGAUGGCUUUGUUAACAACAAAAGGGAGUCCUUCAGCUUCAGGUUCCAAAAAGUGUUUGACCAAGCGACCAAACAAGAAGAAAUAUUUGAACAUGUUGCGAAACCAGUUGCAGACAGUGUAUUGGCUGGCUACAAUGGCACCAUCUUUGCCUACGGGCAAACUGGCAGCGGGAAGACAUUCACCAUCACAGGAGGAGCAGAGCGCUACAAUGAUCGUGGCAUUAUUCCCCGCACACUUUCAUACCUCUAUGAGCGCUUCAGUCAGGACAGCAGUACAGUGUAUAGUACCCACAUUUCGUACUUGGAGAUUUACAACGAAAUGGGUUAUGACCUCCUGGAUUCCAGACAUGAAGCAUCUCGAUUGGAGGACCUACAAAAAGUAAUUAUCAUGGAAGACACUGACCAGAACAUCCAUCUUCGGAACCUUUCAUUGCAGCAGUCCGCAAAUGAAGAGGAGGCUCUCAAUCUGUUGUUCUUGGGUGACACCAAUCGAAUGAUUGCAGAAACUCCCAUGAACCAGGCUUCAACACGGUCCCACUGUAUUUUCACCGUGCACAUGUGUAGGCGCGAGCCUGGCUCCGCGACACUGCGACGCUCUAAGCUCCACCUGGUGGACCUGGCCGGGUCGGAUCGAGUCAGCAAGACCGGCUUAAAUGGGCAGCUGCUCACCGAGGCCAAAUACAUCAACCUCUCCCUCCAUUACUUGGAACAGGUUAUCAUUGCUCUGUCAGAGCGGAGUCGCUGCCAUAUUCCAUACAGGAACUCUAUGCUGACAUCUGUGCUGAGGGAUAGCCUUGGAGGCAACUGCAAGACCACUAUGAUUGCCACUGUGGCAGUUGACAAGAAGAACGUAGAUGAGUCCAUCUCUACAUGUCGCUUUGCCCAGCGGGUGGCUGUUAUCAAGAAUGAGGCAAUAUUGAAUGAAGAACUUGAUCCUGCCGUGUUGAUUGCUCGCCUGAAGCAGGAGGUUCAAUCUCUGAAGGAGGAGCUGACCAUGCUGACGGGAGAGGAGAGAGAUGACCAGCUAACUGUGGAGGAGAUGACAAAGUUGCAAGAGUCAGUCAAGGCCUUUCUAGAUGAUCCUGGUCCAGACGUGACACUGACUUUGGGACCCGAUAUGAGAAAAAUCCAGUACUGUUUUGGCCUGCUGAAGGCAAUGAUUCUGGGCAAUAGGAAUGGAAACAGCAAUAACCAUGAUCUACAGGAGUCACCAGCAGCCGUACCGGAGGACAACGACAUUCAAGAGCACCACUGUGCAGAAGAAGUCAUCACACUAAAGGAGUUGCUGAAGCAACGUGAUCAUGAAAUCAGUAUCCUGGUUAAGAUGUUGAAGAAGGAGAAAGAAAGGGCCAAUGAUGCCACGAUGCAGGUCGCAAGUAUUUCCAGUGGACAGGAGCAUGCAGCCAAGAGUGAUGCCAGUUUGUCAGCAAUGCCACUGCUAAAAGUGGGAAACGAUGAACCCACCUCAACUGGUCAUGGCGGACGAGCUGUACGGUACAUGAAAAGAGGACCGCAGCUCUCAAUGGGAAAGCAAGAGGCCUUUGAGACCUUUAUCACAGACCAUAAGGACCAUCACAUCAUUGAAGACAACAAGAGUCUGCUCAAACAGAGGUCAGCAGAAGCCAGAAAACUUGGGGAGCAACUUCACGACGCCAAACACAAAAUCAAUGAGUUUAAGAAGCAGUUGGAAGCGCGUCGAAGACAGAGAGCCGCUUAUGGUGUGAUUGGAAAUCACGACGACGUCGGGGCGGAGGUGGAUCCAGUGGAGGAAAACCUGCGUGAACACAUUGAGCAAGAAAAAAAGAUUUACAAGAGCACUGCUUGCCACUUGAAAGUAUUGCGGACAGAGAUUGAACACCUGCAGCUGUUACUGGAAAGGGCCAAGGUCAAGCUCCACAAGGACUUCCAAAAGUGGUGGAACGAGGAGGCUUCCAAUGUGCAGGAGUCAAAAGAUGAAACCAGAAGUCGGACAAGAUCCCUGUGUGGAACCUUGCCGCCAUCCUCACCUGGCACUCCAGGCUUUGAAUACAUGCAGGCAAUGGCUGGUGUGAACUGCACUGACAGACCUCAUCCAGCAGACGGAGACUGCUCAAGUUCUUCGCGUCAGGACUUGAGAACACGCAUUCCCAAGCCGGCGUGGCCCAAUACGGUGCGAGAGGACUUCACUUCUUCAUCAGAGUGGAGAACCCUUUCCAAGUCUUCUCUCUCACCGUCUUCUAUCCCCCGGACUGGAGACCAGCAGGCUGAUGCAGACAUCCUGGCCUUCAUCAGAGCCCGCCAAAACCUCCUCAACAGGACGGGUAUCACACAAGCACACGUGCAUCGUAUAGUGCAGUGA